AUGUCCGAAGCAACCUUGAAACUCGGUGAUUCUCUCCCAGAAGGCAUCAAGUUCGGCUGGAUUGCCCCCUCUCCCGAAAAUGAAGAUAUCAAAGCUUGCGGAAUCCCAAUCUCAUAUAAUGCAUCCAAAGAAUGGGCCAACAAAAAAGUCGUAGUCUUUUCCCUCCCAGGUGCUUUCACCCCUACAUGCAGCGCAUCCCAUCUACCAGGCUACAUCUCCAACCUCCCUGCUUUCCGCGAGAAGGGCGUCGAUGUCGUGGCUACCAUUGCCUAUAAUGAUCCUUUCGUAAUGAGCGCAUGGGGAAAAGCAAAUGGUAUUCAUAAUGAAGAUAUUCUCUUCCUCUCCGAUGCCGACUGUGCUUUCUCGAAGCUUCUUGGAUGGACUGCCGGCGAACGGACUGGUCGUUAUGCUCUCGUUAUUGAUAAUGGAAAGAUUGUAUAUGCGGAGAAGGAGCCUGGAAGAGAGGUGACGGUUUCUGGUGCUGAGGCUGUGUUGAGCAAGUUGUAG